AACAAAAAUUUAAAAAUCGAACUCAAAUUAAUAAAAAUGUACAAAAUAAUAAACACAGUGUUGAUAAUAUUAUUACAUAACUCAGUGCAUUGUGAGAAACAUUUUAAAAGUGUGCCAGUCACUGUGAAGACGUAUGAAAAUGAUACAGUCUUGUUGCCUUGUUACGUCAAUGAUGAAGAAUCAAAGUUCAAUGUCCGCUGGUACAAAGACACCACCCUGCUGGGUGACAGUGGGGAUCCUCAUCAUGUGCCGCCCAGGGUACGGAUGCACGCCAACUACAGCUUGCAAGUGGACUCUCUUGUGGCAGACGAUACCGCGGACUACACCUGUGAGGUGCUGAGACCCGAACCUUGGGGUCCAAUACGGCAGACGCAUUCAAUAGAAGUACAAUAUCCUCCUACAGUCAAGACGGUUCCAGAAGAUGGAUUCUUGGAGGUCCGUAAAGGGGAAUAUGUCGACAUUGGCUGCGAGACCACGGGCACCCCAGCACCUAUAGUGGACUGGAGGAAGAACGGUGAGCCCAUGGCCCUGCUGGAGCACCGCGCUCGCAUCAGGUUCAGGGCUGAACAUCGUCUUCUUGCCGGGGUUUAUGAGUGUACAGCUAAUAAUGGAGUGGGGGACCCAGUGAGAGCUGCGAUACGAGUCGUUAUACAUGAUGCACCAGUGGUGACAGCGGAGAAGACCUUCAUCCACACAGCUAUAGGCCUCCGAGCGGCUUUGUCUGCUAAAGUGGAGUUCUCUGUACCACCAGCUCGCACCGCGUGGUACAGAGACGGAAGGCCGGUCAAGACUGAUGACAGGGUCCUAAUAAUAGCGCAAGAGAACGUCCAUCAACUGAUAUUCCGUAACGUGAGGAAAUCAGACCUGGGCAACUACACCUUCAGGGCGGAGAACCAGCUCGGCAUGGCGGACGUGGCUUUCAAGUUGACUGGCGUGCCUAAUGUGGCGUCGUUCAAAGUCGACGCGACUCUCAACAAGGCGACGUCGACCAGCUUCACGCUCAUCUGGGAGGUGGAUUCUUACUCCACUAUAAUUGAAUAUAAUCUAUGGCUGCGUCCGUACUACGGGCGGCUGGUGACACCGGAACCGGACGCGCUCACCACAGAACAGCCCGCCAACCUGUGGAGCAAGAUCAUCGUGCCGGGAGACUCCAGGGAUGGUCCAAUACACAGUGCGCUGUACACGGUGCGAGGUCUGACGCCGUCCACUGUGUACGAAGCCAUCGUCACCUCUAGAAAUAGAUUCGGUUGGAGCAAACCUUCAGCGGUUUUACAUUUCGCAACAGAACCAGGAGCCGGUCGUACCAAACCAUCGACAAUGGACUACAUGGACAUCACUCCGACGUUGGAACACAUAGAGUCCGAACCUCACAACAUGUCGCAAGCUCAAGUUUCCGAACGUUACGACGAACUGACAAAUGGCGGAGCGCGGGAAACUGUCGCCGCCAUCUUUGUUUUAACAUUACUUGUUUAUUUUAGGUGAACCCACUUGAAAUUGGUAUAAUGUACGAUUGCCAUGUACUGGGUCAUUUUGAAAUUGUUACUAAAUGACACAUACUUAUCUAUUUGGAAAUAACACUUAAUAAUAAGUAACUGUAAAAUAAAAAAGUGUAAGAUUCGAAUAAAAUGAAUAUUAUAAAUAAAAAAGUAAUUUUAAAAUUUACGCGCCCUAAUGUUAGUACUACUACUGUGAGAAUUCGGCGUAGCGGCAACAUUAUACUUUUAGUCAGAAAUACACUCUCGCACAGGCCAUACUUAUUUGCAUUAAACUACAAAAUGAUAAAAAAAUCAGAAAACUAAAACCAGGAUUUUUGGUGAAAAUAUUCGUUAUUAAUGGAUUUUUGGCACAAUGUCAUCACAGGUGAAGACGAGUAUGUGAUUUCAUUUAGUAACGCAAUUACAAGAUGACGCUGUAUAAAAAAAUAAUAAAAAGAUGAUUAAAUGAGAAUGAAUUUGUUAUGUACGAGAAAUAGUAUUUAUGUACAAUGAAAAUGAUGUCAAGUUAAAUUAUUUUUCAAGUGUAUUGGUAAGUUUGGGCCAUUAUUUUUAAGAUUUUUUUGUUAAUUUUAAUGUUUUGAUUCAUAUAGGUUAAGUUUAGUUGUAAGUUUAUAUUGUAUAUAAUUAAAUCCUUUGAUAUAUGA